AAGCCUGAAACUAUACGAAGCGUAUCAGCACCGCGGGUGACAUAAAGUUCGCGAAGUGCGAUAACCGUUGUUGCGCUCGGCGACGUUUCGCCACCUUGACACCGGACCGAGACGAUUCGCCCGCGUGAUUUCUGGUGCGGCCACAGCCGGAAGAAGCAGAAAGACAGUGAAGCAGAACUCAUCCAUAGCCACGAUGUCUACCUGUGCGUGUCCGAUGUCGAGCCCGGUCGGGGCCACCCUGGCCGCACUCUGUGGCGGCCCGCAGUACAUGCUGUUUAUGGGGCUGCUGGAGGUGUUCAUUAGGUCGCAGUGCGACCUGGAGGACCCAUGUGGCCGCAUGAAGGCAAAGUCUACGCGCGGUGUCGACUACGAGUACGAUUUCAUUGUCGUCGGUGGCGGAUCGGGUGGCUCGGUGAUUGCGUCACGGUUGUCGGAAAUCAAGAACUGGAAGGUACUCCUGAUCGAGGCAGGACCCGACGAACCGACCGGUGCGCAGAUCCCGUCCAUGUUCCUGAACUACCUCGGCAGUGACAUCGACUGGAAGUACAACACGGAACCGGAGCAGCACGGGUGCCUUGGGUCGCCGGAGCAGCGCUGCUACUGGCCCCGCGGUAAGGUGCUCGGUGGUACGUCCGUCCUGAACGGCAUGAUGUACAUCCGGGGCAACCCGCAGGACUACGACGACUGGGAAGCUCAGGGCAACGCCGGCUGGAAGUGGAAGGACGUGCUGCCGUACUUCAUGAAGUCCGAGGACAAUCAGCAGAUCAACGAGGUCGACUCGAAGUACCACUCGACCGGUGGCAUGCUCCCGGUCGGUCGCUUCCCGUACAAUCCGCCGUUCUCGCACUCGGUACUGAAGGCCGGCGAGGAGCUCGGCUACCAGGUGCAGGAUCUGAACGGGGCCAACACGACCGGGUUUAUGAUCGCGCAGAUGACCAACCGGAAUGGCAUCCGGUACAGUGCCGCUCGGUCGUUCCUGCGGCCGGCCGUCAAUCGGCCCAACCUGCACAUCCUCCUGAACACCACCGUCACCAAGGUGCUGGUUCAUCCGACCUCCAAGACGGCGCACGGUGUCGAGAUCGUCGAUGAGGAUGCGCACAUGCGCAAGAUCCUCGUCAAGAAAGAGGUGAUCGUGGCCGGUGGGGCCGUAAACUCGCCGCAGAUUCUCCUGCUCAGUGGCAUCGGACCGAAGACCCACCUGGAGAAGGUUGGCGUGCGGCAGCUUCACGAGCUGCCCGGAGUCGGUCACAAUCUGCACAAUCACGUGGCGUACUUUAUUAACUUCUUCCUGAACGACACCAACACGGCGCCGCUGAACUGGGCCACCGCCAUGGAGUAUCUGCUGUUCCGCGAUGGGCUCAUGUCCGGCACAGGGGUAUCGGCCGUAACGGCGAAGAUCAGCUCCCGGUAUGCGGAGAGGGCCGACGAUCCCGAUCUGCAGUUCUACUUCGGAGGCUACCUGGCCGACUGCGCCAAGACGGGUCAGGUCGGCGAGCUGCUCAGUAACGAUUCGCGCGCGGUCCAGAUCUUUCCGGCCGUCCUGCAUCCGAAGAGCCGCGGCUACAUCGAGCUGAAGUCGAACGAUCCGCUCGAGCAUCCGAGGAUCGUGGUGAACUACCUGCAGGAAGAUCACGACGUGAAGGUGCUGGUGGAGGGCAUCAAGUUUGCCGUGCGUCUCUCGGAAACCGAAGCCCUGCAAGCGUACGGUAUGGUCCUGGACCGGACGCCCGUCAAGGCGUGCCAGGAGUUCGACUUUGGAACACAGGAGUACUGGGAGUGUGCCGUUCGGCAAAACACGGGCGCCGAGAACCAUCAGGCGGGCUCGUGCAAGAUGGGACCCACCAGCGACCCGAUGGCCGUCGUGGACCACGAGCUGCGGGUGCACGGCGUGCGGAACCUCCGGGUGGUCGAUGCGUCCGUCAUGCCGAAGGUCACGUCCGGCAACACGAACGCGCCGGUCAUCAUGAUCGCCGAGAAGGGCGCCCAUCUCAUCCGCAGAGCGUGGGGAGCCCGCUAGGCGUCGGGGUGGCGGGCCUCUCCGCGCAUUUACCGUAUGGGAUAGGAUUCAUCUACAAGGUUAAGCUUCGCGUUUAGAGUCGGUUUUCUUCCUUUCCCUCGAAUUCGCGCAGGAUCCGACUAUCGAUCCGAUAGCACCGAUUCCGGAGAGCCCCGAGAUGCUCCUCAUGUCUGUUAUUAUCACCGCUUCAACCCACCCCUAUCCAGCGACCGGAUAGGGUCUAGCGUCUAGAAAGGAAGGUGGAAAUGUUGAGUUUCGCACCAACUGGUGCCGAUCGAUCGAGAAAAGUCCCGCUCAAAAUGUGUUAAUGUAAAGUUAAAUUAUGAAUAUCAAUAAACGCGUCAAAGGUA